CCUACCGGACGUCGGACCGCCCACCUGAGCGAGGACAAAAACAAUCGGCAUCUCUCAUGCAGUACAAAUUAAACAGGAGGACCCCGGCCCAAAUUUGAUAUUAAAAAUCUUUCUCGGCGACACGGACACCACCGAGAGAGAAAUGGUUUCCCCGGUAACAGUGGUCAAGAGUGAAGGCCCCAAGCUGGUGCCAUUCUUCAAGGCAACCUGUGUAUACUUUGUCCUGUGGCUGCCCACCUCAAGCCCAUCCUGGUUCAGCGCACUGAUCAAAUGUCUGCCCAUCUUCUGCCUCUGGGUGUUCUUACUGGCACAUGGGUUCAGCUUCCUCGGUGCUCACUCCAGUGCCCGCAAGAUCUUGGCUGGCCUCAUCUUUUCUGCUCUGGGUGACGCCUUUCUCAUCUGGCAGGAGCAGGGCUACUUCGUCCACGGCCUUCUGAUGUUUGCCAUCACCCACAUCCUCUACUCAUCUGCCUUUGGGAUGAAGCCCAUUAACAUGUCCGCCGGCCUGGUGAUCACUGCCGUGUCCUCUCUGAGCUACAUGCUGUUGUACCCCUACCUGUCCGGCCCCUUCACCUACCUGGUGGCCGUCUACAUCGCUUUGAUCGGCUUCAUGGGCUGGAGGGCCAUCGCGGGCCUGCAGCUGGCCAACGACCUCUGGACGUGGACCAAGCUGUCCGCCUGCCUGGGCGCCGUGCUCUUCAUGGUCUCUGACCUCACCAUUGCCGUCAACAAGUUCUGCUUCCCCGUGCCCCAUUCGCGCGCCAUCAUCAUGGCCACCUACUACGCCGCCCAGAUGCUGAUAGCGCUGUCGGCCGUCGAGUGCCAGGACGCCGAGGUGGCCAGGAAGAGAUUGUGAGGUGCUGCGGUGUCCGCAGUGAAUGGCCGUGAGGCUGGGAAGGCGGCAGCUGCCCCACCUCCGGCCCUGAGUGAUCAUGGACACAUCUCACUGCCAGAUCCCCAACCAUCAACCCUCAUUUCAGUGUGUUGCUCCCACACCAUUGUUACCAUGACGACUGGCUCACUCCAGUCUUCACGUGGCUAUCACUCUACUACCCCACUAGUACGAUAGUCUCACACCUGUCUUCUUACCAUGAAGAUAAGUUAGAAUUAUCUUCAGCCUCUCCCGACAACAGUCCUACCUGCCUCCUCCGAUCCUAGAAUGGCCGUCUCUCCACCUAGUUACCAUGGAGACAAGUGUAGUGAUAUUAACCUGCUAUAUAUAGAGAGUAUUACUUUACUUUUAACUAUUAUGUUUUAAUUUAAGGGGAGCACGUCACUGGGGACCUUCAAGAAGUGCGUGUGGGAGAGCGAUUGUGUGUGUGUGAGCGAUUGUGUGUGUGUGUGUGUGUGUGUGUGUGUGUGUGUGCAUUUUAUGUGUGUUUGAUUAACACUCUUACCUCGCUUUCCACACAGUUCCAUCACGCACAGUCAACACACUGACUCCCACCACACACGUCUUCUUUAAGUGGUCCAAUAAUACAACAUGACAUCUUAUUUUUGUCUUUUUUGUUUUGUUGCCUGAGACCUUGUUAAAAAGGGAUUUUUUUUCUUACAGACUCACCCAUGUUUGGCUUUUUUCGCCCUCUGUUGCUCCCCCUGAAUUAAGGGUGCUAUUCUUAAAGUUGGGAGCAUAAUCCACACUUGCUUUAUUAUCUGCAGUCCCUUCCAUUUCAUUUAUAAUAACCACACUGCUUUUAUUCACUCCGCGAUUUACAUCUUUAACAAAUCCUCACCUGGUCUUUGCGGGUGAAUGAAUUAGGUUGUUCUUGAAUAGCUGGAUGUGCAGGAAAAGAAUGACGGAGAUGAGGAAUAAGGCAAUGAGGCGGAAAGGCAAGCAGGGAAAGUUGCGUGACUGCAACAACCGCAGUGUAUUGUAGCUGUAGUGACUGAGAUUUGGAGAUUGUUUUUAGAAGCUUGAUCCAGUUAUUGACACUGUCCUGCUGUCACAAAGAGAACUCAGAACACACCAUAGUCCUCGCAGACUGCUGUAUACAUACUAACAUGCUGCACACUGCACCUGCUUACCCUGAUGGUGUUAAGUCUCUCGGGCUUUUUACAGUGUUUUGCCUGGACAGUUUUUUUCCAGAAAUGAGGUGUAAAUGUUGACACGCACACACACCUGACACCUACGACCCCUGCCAGUUUAGUUAUUAGGAAAAGUCCACAGGGUUCUAGAUCAGCCGCCCCAUGCUGUCAUUGGCCAGGGACCAUGUUAUGAAGAAUGAGAAAGAAAGAGCUGUGUUACUGGCUGGAAUCUUUUUGUUUAUCACCUCUCCCUGUGUGUAUCUGGGCCUCAGAAGGCAUUCACUCAUAACGACACGCACACAAACACGCACAUAAACAUACACACUGCCCAUGGGCAGUGUGGGUGAGGAAAAAAGGGAGAUGGGGGAACUGACUUGUCAUGUGAGGGAACAGUUAUCCCAUUAUUCCCAAUAAUUCCCUCUCACAGGACAUUUCAUCAGCUUUAAUCCCGCAAAAUCCACCGCGGCUAAUCCCCGACAGGUCUGCUGAUAUUUUUUGUCUUUCAUCUGUCACACAUUUCCCUCUCUCACCUUUCAUUUGUUACGCUGCAAACCAUUCAUGCAAGGAUGAACGGUCAAAAUACUGAAGAAGUAUACUGUAACCCUUUCCUCAUUUGUCUACAUACUGUAUAUGCAUGUUUGGAGUGUGUGCAUGUGUGAGAGUGUAUGUAUUGCUGUUGAGUGAAUGUGUGUGCCUGUGACAAGUCAGAACCAACUCAAUGCCAGAAAUGCUGUGAACCAUCAUAGUUUGUGUGGAGUAGACACACGACUGGAUAUCUUUAAUGUAUUCUCACAAGGCUCUUAAACUUCAUACUCUUCACCUCUUGAGAUUUGCAACUACUUAAUGUAUUUUACAGCAUCUCCCAAAAGUGUUGUCAGUUAAGGAUGACUUUAAGGUAGUAUUUGAUGGGCAACAGUAUAUUGAAACUGGAGUCCAUCUCUUUUUUAGGAUUAAUUUGACCUUAAAGCUGGGGUAGGCUAUUUUCUGGAAAAGUGGAAAAAAAUGCCAGGACUUUAAAAUACAGCCCUCCUCUUGCAGCUCUCCCCCCUAUGUCCUAAAGCGGGAUUCAUAUUUGUACGUCAGCUCUAUGUAGUGCCUACGUCCUUGAGCAUUUAUACUUGUGCGAUGGUGUAUCUGUGUCACUCUGCGGUUACACCUCCAAAACACUAGUUGGCA